AUGCUCAUUCAUCCCAUAUUCUUUAUCUUCUUGGUCCCUUUAACAUCUUCCAAACGAACCCCACCAAAGUAUACCAUCGAUUUGGACCUACAACCAUCCCAGAGAUGGAAUCGAGUAAUCAAGGAUCACUUGGAAUUCCUUCCCGGGGUGGUUGAGGAGAGCAAAAAAUACAUUCCAAAACCGCUUCAACCAUUUGUGUGGUGGGUUGCUUCAAAAGUUGACCAUUUUUUCCCACCGGAAACCCGCCAGGAGCUGGAAGGAAUCGCUAGAGAAUCUGGUCUUUCAUUGGGUGAGAUUGUGGGACUCAACAUUUUGUAUGAUAUCGCUGCGUUUGAUCGCAGACACAUUUUCGGUUUGGGAUGCACAUCGAUUGUGGCGCAAAACGAGAAGGGAGACAUUUUCCAUGGCCGAAAUUUGGAUUAUGAUAUGACGGGUCUUCUGAAGAAUAUUACUGUCCACGUGGAUUUUAUGAAAAAUGGGUCCAUUUUGUAUUCCGGUGUCACUUUUGCACUGUAUAAUGGAAUUCUCACUGGACAAAGACCUGGAGCCUAUAGUGUUAGCCUAAAUGCAAGAUAUUCCGGGGCCUAUAUUGACAACAUCCUAAUGGAAAUCUACACCAAAUUCAAGAGACCUGUUAGUUUCUUCAUUCGAGACGUUCUGGAACAUCAGAAGAGCUAUGCAGCUGCUGUGGAGACACUUUCGAAUACUCAUCUGUUCUCUCCAUCGUAUAUUAUAGUAGCUGGGACCAAGAAAAACGAAGGAGUCGUUAUUUCGAGAAAUCGGUGGUCGGCUGCAAAUGUGUACCAACUGAAUAUGGAUGCUAAUCAAUGGUUUUUGGUAGAAACAAACUUUGAUAAUUGGAAGAAGCAAGGAGACAAUCGACGAAUUACAGCGAUUCAGAAAUUAAAGGAAAUCGGAAAAAUCAAUUUUGACGAGAAAUCGAUGGCUGAAGUAUUGAGCACUUCUCCUGUGAAAAACAACUUGACAGUUUUUAGUAGUGUGAUUCAGCCGGAAAAUCCAGAAAUUUUCGAAUCGUUUACUUGGAUUUGGGCCUAA